UUCCCCUUUUUUCCGGAAUUUCCCCGGCGUGAUCUCGCCGCCGCCGCCGAUCUGGACGAUUCCGGCGGGGGGGGGUUCGGCUCCGGUCGCGCGGUUUUAGGGCGCCGUGUUCUGGAACCUUCGUGAUUUCCUGUUCGAUCGAAGUUAGCGGCUGCCGGAGAAAUGGCAUCGAAUGGACCAGCCCCACCCAGAGGUAGCGCAGCAGCUGCUGCUAGCAUGCGGAGGCGGAGGACAACUGGUGGUGGUGCCUCGGGAGGAGCAACUGGGACAAUGCUGCAGUUCUACACCGAUGAUGCCCCGGGACUGAAGAUCUCUCCAAAUGUGGUUCUUGUUAUGAGCAUCGGCUUCAUUGCUUUUGUUGCCAUCCUUCAUGUCAUAGGUAAGCUCUACUUGGUCCGAAGAUAGACUCAAAAGCGGAUUGAAACAGGAUAAAUGUGUAGUGGUUUGUUCUCUCUUUGAGUCCGAAUCGGUGUCUUUUUGUUGUAAGACAGAAAAUCAUGAAGUUUACAUUUUAUAGAUCAAUGUUUGAGGUGGUAGUUUGAUUCAUUUUGCUAGAUUGGCUUUUUCGUCGGGCACUGUAAGUUUUCGGAAGUUCUUCUGAAUAUGUACUAUUGAGGAUUUUGUCUUCUUA